UCGUCUGUCGUUGCAUUGAAUGGCGUGGGCACGGAGGGUCCUGACUCCGCCGCACGGACUUUCCGGCUCGUAAUAAUCAAGCAUAACAUAAUUUCUGCCUUUUGUACUUGAAACGAAUAGGUCGUUUCUUCGUGUUUUGUCUCCUGUAUCUUGACGCACUUGUGGCUAACCGUGCUAAUAUUAACCAUCCUCGUGACUGUCGAUUACAUUGAACGCACCUUAAAUCGAGCAUGGGACUCGAUUGAGCGUCAGUGUUCCCCUUGAUUGACAUUUGUUGCAAUGACGGGCUUUUGUGCUUCCAAAACGCAACAACUGCUCAAGCUGAGUCUUUCUAUCAGUCCAGCGGCAUCAGUGUGCUGGCGAGUGGCGACCACCAGACUUUGGAGCUCCUCAUCUUCCUCUUCGGGGGAGGAUGCGAGCGGAUCCUCUAUGCUGCGACACCUGACGUCCAAAAUCACAGCCACCGGGCCCAUUUCUGUGGCCGAAUACAUGAGGGAGGCGCUCACCAAUCCCGUCAUGGGAUAUUAUGUGAAGAAGAACAUGCUGGGAGCCGAAGGGGACUUCAUCACAUCACCAGAGAUUAGUCAGAUCUUCGGAGAGCUGCUGGGAGUGUGGGUGGUCAGCGAGUGGAUGGCAGCGGGUCGGCCCAAACAGCUCCAGCUGGUGGAGCUAGGACCCGGAAAAGGAUCUUUGACCAGUGACAUUCUCAGAGUGUUCGCUCAGCUUCAGCCUGUGCUGAGUUCGGCUUCUGUGUCACUGCACUUGGUGGAGGUGAGUCCGGUUCUGAGUCGUCUGCAGGCGCAGAAUCUGGUCGGGACCAGCGACAGUGUUGAAUUCGAACGGGAGAAUGAGCCCGUUUACAGGCACGGCCGAACCGCCGCCGGCCUGCCGGUGUCCUGGUACCGUCGCUUGGAAGACGUUCCACCUGGUUUCAGCAUCUUUCUGGCUCAUGAAUUCUUUGACGCGCUACCUAUACACAAGUUCCAGCGGACGAAGCGAGGCUGGCGUGAGGUGAUGGUGGACGUGGACCCCGACCGGCCGGGCCGGCUGAGGUUCGUGGUGGCGCCGUCUCCCACCCUGGCCUCCACCACGCUGGUGCAGUCUGACGAAAGUCGGGACCACGUGGAGGUUUGCGCCGAGGGUGGCGUCAUCAUCCAGCAGGUGGCGCGACGGGUCGCGCAGCACGGCGGGGCUGCGCUGAUCGCCGACUAUGGCCACGACGGCACCAAGACGGACACCUUCCGGGGGUUCAAAGGUCACCAUCUCCAUGACGUCCUGGCAUCUCCCGGCUGUGCUGACCUCACGGCGGACGUGGAUUUCGGCUACGUGCGACGCAUGGCGGGAACGGGUGUGGCCUGCUUGGGACCGGUGGCUCAGAGGACUUUCCUGAAGAACAUGGGCAUCGACGUACGCAUGCAGGUGUUGCUGAGGAACAGCAACCAGUCGGACAGGAAGCAGCUGCUACGCAGCUACGAGACGAUGACGGACGGCGCAAAGAUGGGCGAACGCUUCCUGUUCUUCGGCUUGCUGCACCCCAGCUAG